CGCAAACAUGCAAGCUUCCGUUUGAUAAUCUGAUGGGGAGCGAGUUUUUAAAAACCGUUUCAAAAUCUGAUGGGGAACCAGUGUUCUAAAACACCAAGACGACCCAAACAGACGUCUACAAGAUCAAACGGGUUCGCAAUGACUCCUCGGAUAAGUGACGGUGAUCGCGAUGUCAUGGUCAAAUCCAUCCGAAAAGAUGACCAGAACAUUAUAGACACUAUUACGAAAGAACUGCACCAAACCCCGCAGAUUUUUGUGAUUAAUAAUAUGAUUCUAUCGACUCAGUUUUUUGGUGAUCACAAAGAGAUUAUAAAGCAGCUACAGCACGCGUCAUCAAGUCCAAGGGAGAAAGAGCUCAACAAGACCCUUCUUAAAGACGAAAUCAUGGAAUGUACAAAUCCGGAUGUUAUUUUCGAAAAAGUACACGAAAAUGUUAUAUUCAGAUCAUACGAAGAAGACAGUCAGCCAGAAUCGCUAGUUGCCAGGAGAACAUAUGUAAUAAAUGACCUGAUAGAAGUGGUGAACUCGAAUGAAAUUCCUCAAUAUACGUCAAUCGAUAAGCCUAGUUAUCAAGUGAAAAUUGAAGAAUCAAAUCGCAAAGGUUUCGUCAAGCUUCAGCAGGUGGAAGUGACAACGACACCCAAAAUAGCUGAGUACGCCACGGAAUACGAGCCGACCCCAGGUCCAUCAUCUAGACCGGAUUCGGAGUACGAUUACACUAGAAUAACGGAGCUGAGAACUCCGAAACCGUUAGAAGUAGAGGAGGGUGCGGAAAGAAGGGACACUCUACCGGAAACGUGCUUUUCUACACGAAAAGUUAGAAAAAUCCCGGACGAAUACUUCGACGACGAUAACAUCGAAUAUCUCCAACAAUUAGCAUCCACCGAUUUAUUCAAAGAGAUCACUUAUAUAAACUCUAGUGGGUUUAUGAAAUAUUUUCAAAAUGUCCUUUUUCCCGGAACUCUUGGAAAAACUUUAGGAUAUGACGAAGAAUCUCUAUCAUACGCCCGGGCUAUUCCUGGAAAAAUAUUUUGUGAUGAAUUGGAUCUUGGGACCAAUGUGAUUACUUCAUGCGAGGUUGUCCCGUCAGUGUCGAUACAAUGGCCGCAGGAACUGACGUUCGAAUUUAUUUAUAGAGAAGAUAGGCCAACGUUCAUCGAUACGCGGACGGGAAUAAAUUAUAGAUGGCCGACUACGGAUAUGGUAAAAGAAAUUACUUCGAUGAACUGUUGUCUAGUACCAAAGGGAUACGUUAAAAAGAAGGGAGAGCACCAAGAUUCAAGUUUGGAAUGGGAAAUACAUUUUCCUAAAGCCGAGCGUUACUUGGAAGCGCGCAUGUCUCACGCUCAAAUGAAAUGCUACCUAGUCCUGCUAACCCUACACAAAACUUUCAUAGCGCCUGUCACCAGACAGCAAGGGUUAUUGGUGGAACAUAUCAGAACGCACAUGUUCUGGGAAUGCGAAGCGAACUAUAGAAACUGGCCCGAACACAGAUUGGGAACUAAAUUGUUGAUAGUUAUCAAAAAUCUAGCCCAAAGGCUUUUUCAAUGCACCCUCCCGAAUUUCUUUAUCAAGCAACAGAAUCUAUUCGAUAAUAUCCCCAAGAAAUAUCUCCAGUUUGCCCAAAAGACAUUCUUGAAGAUUUUGGAGUCGCCGGCACCGCAUUUCAUCAAGGCAUUACGCAACUUGAGAUACACAUCGGGCAAGUUCUAUUCGCCUUUAGAUUACAGAGAACUGUACACAGAUCUGACCGCCGAAAACAGUAUUACUUUAAUAAACCAGAAGAUUCCAACGGGUCCCAGACCGACCUACAUCCGAACGAGGAAGUACGACGACCCGGAACUGCAAUGGAAACAUAUUCAAGAACUGCAAAAGAAGAAGGAAAUUUUGCGCAAGCGGCGCGAAGCGGAAGAAAAACAGGCUAUGAAAGAAGCGGAAGCAAUCCAAGCCGCUGCCUCUCAAGACUGGCUAAAUUUAGAGGUAAAAAUAGACAAAACGUUCGACAACUCCAAAGUGAAAGCGAUUUUGGUGUUGUUCUUGCGCAACUUUAUCGAAAUCGCCAAAGUAGCCAAGAAGGUAUCGGUGGGCGAACAGGCAGAAUUCUAUCUGAAACAAGCGUCUUACCUUACGGUUUUGCUAGAAGAAACUGCUGGGGCGUUCAUCGAAGAAGCUCGCGAAUACAAAGCGAUCAUAUUCGAAGAAGAGGAACGGAUCAAGAGGAAGGCGAUCCGAACCGCGUCUCAAAGCAGCGACCACGAGAAACCUUCUGUGCCGUUAAGAAACGAAAUUACUCAGCAAAUCGGCAAAAACUCGGUUCGUCUGCACAAGCUGCAGACGUCUUUCGCAAACGGACCUCCGCCAGUAAAAAUGACGAAUUUGAAACCGAAACAGAGUAGUUUUACUAACAGGAACGCUCCCAAAAAGAGUGUUGCGUUUGCUUGAUUGCCAAUAAUGUCGUAUUUUGUCUAAACAAAAAAACAAAAAGCAUCCCCAAAACACAUUUCAUAUUCAAACGAAAAAUGUUAGUGGAAAACUUGUAAAAAAAUGUUUUUUAUUGUUCAUAAGUAAUAAUAUCUAUAUGAGCCGUAGAUAUAGCAAAAUAUUAAAUAUUGUGAA